AUGUUCAGUUGGAGGAGUAGGCUUGGUCAGGACCAGUGAGCAGUCCAGCAGGUGGUGAAUCAGAGGUGCCAUCCUGGGGCCUGGCGGGGAAAUGUGUCAAGAAGACACUCAAAGGAAUGUGAAUGCAGUCACCAAGGCUUGGAAAUCAUUACCCUGUGAGAAGUAGUAGACACCCUGUAACAGUGAUGCAGCAAGUCUUGGAAAACCUGACGGAGCUGCCCUCAUCCACAGGAGCAGAAGAGAUAGACCUUAUUUUCUUGAAGGGGAUUAUGGAGAAUCCGAUUGUGAAGUCACUUGCCAAGGCUCACGAGAGGCUUGAAGACUCCAAACUAGAAGCUGUCAGUGACAAUAAUUUGGAGUUAGUCAAUGAAAUUCUGGAAGAUAUCAGUCCUCUCAUCAGUGUGGAUGAGAACGCGGCAGAACUGGCUGGCAUACUCAGAGAGCCACACUUCCAGUCCCUCUUGGAAGCCCAUGACAUCGUGGCAUCAAAGUGUUAUGAUUCCCCUCCAUCAAGCCCAGAAAUGAAUAACUCUUCUAUCAAUAAUCAGUUGUUACCUGUAGAUGCUAUUCGUAUUCUGGGAAUUCACAAGAGAGCUGGUGAGCCACUGGGUGUAACAUUUAGAGUUGAAAAUAAUGACCUUGUAAUUGCCCGAAUCCUUCAUGGCGGAAUGAUAGACCGCCAGGGUCUGCUUCAUGUGGGAGACAUCAUUAAGGAAGUCAACGGCCAUGAGGUUGGGAACAAUCCAAAGGAAUUACAAGAAUUGCUGAAAAAUAUUAGUGGAAGCGUCACUUUAAAAAUUUUACCAAGUUACAGAGAUACCAUUACUCCUCAGCAGGUAUUUGUGAAGUGUCAUUUUGAUUAUAACCCAUAUAAUGAUAACCUAAUACCUUGCAAAGAAGCAGGAUUGAAGUUUUCCAAAGGAGAAAUUCUUCAGAUCGUAAACAGAGAAGACCCAAACUGGUGGCAGGCUAGCCAUGUAAAGGAGGGAGGAAGUGCUGGUCUCAUUCCCAGCCAGUUCCUGGAAGAGAAGAGGAAGGCGUUUGUCAGAAGAGACUGGGACAGCUCAGGACCUUUCUGUGGAACUAUAAGUAGUAAAAAAAAGAAAAAAAUGAUGUAUCUCACAACCAGAAAUGCAGAAUUUGAUCGUCAUGAAAUGCAGAUAUAUGAGGAAGUGGCUAAGAUGCCUCCCUUCCAGAGAAGGACGUUAGUGUUGAUAGGGGCUCAAGGCGUGGGCCGAAGAAGCUUGAAGAACAGGUUCAUAGUGCUGAAUCCGACCAAAUUUGGAACAACGGUGCCAUUUACUUCACGAAAACCCAGGGAAGAUGAAAACGACGGCCAGGCAUAUAAAUUUGUGUCACGAUCUGAGAUGGAAGCAGACAUUAAAGCUGGGAAAUACCUGGAGCACGGGGAAUAUGAAGGAAAUCUCUAUGGAACCAAGAUUGAUUCCAUCCUCGAGGUCGUCCAAACUGGGCGAACCUGUAUUUUGGACGUCAACCCACAAGCACUGAAAGUGUUGCGGACGUCCGAGUUCAUGCCCUACGUGGUGUUCAUCGCUGCCCCCGAGCUGGAGACCCUGCGCGCCAUGCACAAGGCCGUGGUGGAUGCGGGAAUUACCACCAAGCUUUUGACGGACUCUGACUUGAAGAAAACAGUGGAUGAAAGUGCCCGGAUUCAGAGAGCGUACAACCACUAUUUUGAUUUGAUCCUCGUGAAUGACAAUCUAGACAAAGCCUUUGAGAAGCUACAGACUGCCAUAGAGAAGCUGAGGCUGGAGCCCCAGUGGGUCCCCAUCAGCUGGGUUUACUGACGGUUCAGUCAGGUUCACAGCGAAAAAGAAAACUUGAAAAAUACUGACUCAACCAAUAAACCUUCUGUUGAGAAAAAAAUACAUGCACAGAUAGAAAAUAUCUGCCACGCCCAGGCAUUUUCAUUGUGUAGAUUGAAACAACAGUACGCUAUUCUGAAUUUUUAUAUCAAAUGUGGUUGGGAAGGUGUACUAAUAUAUAAUUUACCUUAAUUUUUUCUAACUUUCUAUGGAUAAUCUUUCUAUUCAUACCACAUAAAGAAAUGCGUUGAAGCAUUUUGUAUAUGU